CAUCAUAGAGUUCCACAAUCAUUUCGGUAACAGUAAAGGAUUGUCGAGUUCUCUAUGGUAAUGCAAUUUCCGCUUCCGGUUAUAACUGCGGAACUGCAAAACAGUAAGUAUGGCGGCUGGAGGUAGUGAAAAUCGAUCUGGAGGAGAUGUAGAAGAGGACGCGUCCCAGCUGUUGUUUCCGAAAGAGUUUGAGAACGCAGAAACGUUGCUGAAUUCUGAAGUGCACAUGCUGUUGGAGCACAGAAAGCAGCAGAAUGAGAGUGCUGAAGAAGAACAGGAGCUAUCUGAAGUUUUUAUGAAAACACUCAACUACACUGCCAGAUUCAGCCGCUUUAAAAACAGAGAAACUAUCGCUAGUGUCAGAAGUUUGUUGCUACAGAAAAAACUGCACAGGUUUGAAUUGGCAUGUUUAGCCAAUCUAUGUCCAGAGACAGCAGAUGAGGCUAAAGCUCUGAUACCAAGUUUAGAAGGGCGGUUUGAAGAAGAGGAGCUGCAGCAAAUCCUGGAUGAUAUUCAGACCAAACGAAGCUUUCAGUAUUAAGGAGGAAACCUUUACAUGGUUAACCCUUAACACCGACUGGACAUCUAACUCCAACUGUUGUGUACCAUCAAGAAGACAUUCUUUAAUUUAAAUCCCCGUUUCUCAGACUUUUCCAUUAUGAAAUGAGUUAUUCUUUUUGUUCAUUUUGUUUAGGUAUAUUUUGCUGUAUAUAAAAAAAAAAAAUUGUUUUGUUUUUCUUUUUUUACAUUAAAGAAGCAGUUUGUGCA